AUGUUCCAAUACGAAUAUGAAAAACGUCCGCCAUCGCGGGAUAGCAGAGCGACUGUAUCUAGAGACUGGCAUUCCAGACCGUUGCCGCCUCGACCUGAAGAUGUUUUGCCAGCUAAGACCAGUGUACCACUAAAAGUCUGGAUCAUAGCCAGUGCGUCAUGCUUCGCAGUGUGUGGGGCGUUGGUCCUUGCAACCAUUGUCAUCACCAGAUGGGGUUCCAGUGAAAGUUACAUCUCCAGGGAAAUGUACGCAGAGGCCAGGGAACCAAUGUACCCAAAUCCAUAUCCACCGCGACCAACAGCAACGACUGCAAAAUUAGAAGUAACACCUGAAGAAAUGGAUAACGACAUACAAUUCCCUAUCUUAGAAAAGCUGUCCAUAUUCAAAAAUAUAGUCGCGAAUCGAGAUAAAAAGAAAGACGAUAAAAACCUGAUAUCUAAACCACAAAUUCAUCCUCUCCACGACACAUCUUUGCACCAUCCCGAACGGAAAAUCGAAAAGAAAGAUCAAGCAAAACUUCCCGAAGAUUUCAUCCCAAAAGUACCAGACUUUAAGCCAACGUUACCCGAUGUCUUUUUGGAUGGUUCCAUAAAGCUCUCAGAUGGAUAUAUUGCUGGACUGAAACAAACUGAAGAUAAUUAUGAAGAAUACUAUAACGAUGACAAUUUGUAUGAUGAUUAUAUGCAAAGUAACACAAUGACCAGUUAUUUAAUAGAAAAAGUUCAGGAGUUACACGAUUGGAUAUCAUCAGACCCUGAUUUUGAGGGAAAAUCUGAAAAACAUAAUACUGGCAACGAGUUUGGACAACUUUUGAAAGCCUUAAACGAAAGUAUAAUUGAAGGAAAUGUGACUAUUGUAAUGAAUAAACUCAGAGACUUAUAUUUUGGAGAAAAUUUCACUCACUCCAAUCAGAGUAGGAAAGUUAUUUCGAGUAACAGUACCGAUUUGCUGUCAUUUGGUAUUCUCACGUUAGAUGUGAUGUUGCUACAUAAUAUCCAGUUAAUGGCAUGGGAAAGUCAGGAAUUAUCACGUAAUAAGAUGCUGAAAGAUCCAGACGUGUUUGCUUUUAACGCACUCUUCAUGGAGCCAGGCAAAAUAGAAGCGAAACGGAAUGAGUUACAUCAUCAAUAUGACAAUUCUAUUUACGGGAAAAGGCAAAAUCGUCAAGAAGAAGAGUUGGAUGUUGGCAAGAACCUUCUAGAAAAUGUAAUGGAAAUAGGCAUGAGUACUGCACGAGCUGCCAUACAUUUGGGUAGAGCUUUCAAAAAUACCAAAAUAGUUUUAAACCAACUGUCCAAUAAAGAAGCACUUGCUGCCAACAUACAAAGUCAAUUAUCGCGUAACAUUGAUGCCAACACACACGCGCUAAAUCAUUUACAAACGUCAUUUAGUAAGAAUGACAGCUCCAGUGUUGCCAACGCUACGGCGUAUACCGACUUAGAUUGCAUUUGGUUGUUGUAUUGCAAGAAUUUAGUAGUAACAGGAAAAUUAAAUCCUCCAUAUGGAACUAUGGCUCGAAUUAAUGGAUUAGCUUUAAGAAUGCUGACAGGGGAACUUCAAGCUGACCGCGCCAUCGACACCAUGUUGUAUGAAGCACUGACCGGAUGGACUGAACUUAAGUGUACAGAUAUGUUCCCAAGAUGCAGCAAAGUCAACACAGCGACAGUGGUCUUGGAUUCCAUAUUACAGCCGUUGCGAAAGUCGCAAUCUUCUAAUAGAUUA